AACUUGGAUGCCUCACGAUCACCCGCGUCUGUAGGGCCUUCUACUAGUGCUGCUGCAGCGAUAUCGACACUGUCGCUCUUAGAUCUGACAAUUGCCUCGUUGGCGACGAGGCUUCUAGCAGGGUUGGCUACGGAGGCCGUAGCUACCGGGGGGCUAGGGAAUCGGGGCUAGGCCUGAGGGGGGGUCAGCGUCUUUUUCCGCCGGCGACGUUUCUAUUCUUCUGCGGGUUUGCGCUAGGGUAUUAUAUUUUUGCCGCGCCGAGAUCACUCUUAACAGAAGCACUUGCAUAACUCACCGGGUUACGGAAAACUGCGACAAGAUGAUCGGUGGAGUGGCACGGUUUCGGCGAAUAUUGUAUCGCCGAUGAAAACCACAUCUCCCAGAUAAAAAGAGCGAUCCUACGCUCUUCAACAAUUGAUACCAGGCAUCACUGAGGAGCCAGCUGAGUUCUAGUUCGCAUCGUCGCAUUGUGAUAUUUCCGACGCCUUCCUUUCAACCAAAAAUGUCUUCGUCUGGUCCAAUGAGUCGAGUUGACAAGCCUCCAUACAGCGAUACUAGAACCCUAGCAGCAAAUCAGCAUGCAAGCCCACCCCCCUCGGCUUCCACGAGCAACGAGAACGACUACGAGAAAGCUGAGGCUCCUCCAACCACCGUGACUUUUGGCGACGCUCCAGAUGGGGGCGCUGCAGCAUGGCUGACAGUUCUCGGUGCAUGGUGCAUCUCGUUCUGCACUUUUGGCUGGAUCAACAGCGUCGGCACCUUCCAGGAUUACUACGAGCGCGAACUUUUAAAGCAGUACUCGGCAAGUACGAUAGCAUGGAUUCCAUCUAUGCAGAUCUUCUUCAUGUUCGCUAUGGGACCAAUCGUUGGCAUGACACACGAUCACUACGGGCCACGCAACAUAAUUCUCUUUGGGAGUUUUCUUCACGUCUUUGGCGUCAUGAUGGCAUCGAUUUCUUCAGAGUACUAUCAGGUCAUGCUUUCACAAGGAGUCUGUAGCGCUAUUGGUGUAGCGUGUAUAUUCCAACCUGCCCUCAGCUGUGUAGGCGGUUGGUUUAGCAAAAAGAGAGGAGCAGCCUAUGGUGCCCUCUCAACCGGCUCUAGUCUUGGCGGCGUCAUUUUCCCUAUCAUGGUCAACCGUCUAAUCAAAGAAGUCGGCUACGGUUGGGCAAUGCGUAUCUCUGGAUUCCUAAUCCUUGGCCUGCUCAUUGUGGCCAACCUCACCACCAGGUCUCGCCUUCCUCCACACCCCCACAGUCCCACCAAAGAUGAGCUCAUGCGCCCCUUUAAGGAACCUAUGAUGCUACUCGUAACUGCCGGAACUGCCCUUCUUACCUUCGGCAUCUUCAUUCCUGUCACCUACCUCGUCGUUGAAGCAACCGCGAGUGGAAUGUCCGCCGAACUAGCGCAGUAUCUUAUCCCUAUCCUGAACGCGGGCAGUCUCUUCGGCCGUGCCGUCUCUGGCAUCAUGGCCGUCAAAGUAGGUGUCUACAACACCUUCAUCGUCGUCUGCUAUGCCACCGGUAUCUUCCUCCUCGCACUCUGGGUUCCCGGUACUACUAACGCAGCGAUCGUCGCCUUCGCUGUGCUUUUCGGCUUCUCUUCUGGAGCUUACGUCUCGCUGGUGCCGGGGCUGAUCGCAGAGAUCUCACCGCCGAGGGAGAUUGGCUUUCGGACGGGGUUAAUGUUCCUGGCGCUUUCGGUGGGAGGGCUGACAACAGGGCCAAUGGCGGGGGCAAUACUGGCGAAGGAAAAUGGGGACUUUUUGGGGAUGAAGAUCUUCGCUGGAGUAUUUGUGAUGGUGGGAACGACAGUGGUGCUCGCGGCGAGGCUUUAUGAGACAGGGUUCAAACUUGUUGCCAAGUUUUAAGCUUUCAUUUGUUAGAGUCAAGUGUGGGAAGAGAAUGGACUUACUCCUAUUGGCAAGGAAUUUCAUUGUGCUUUAUUUUUCGGUUAGAAGCGUGGUCUGCUAUUUGUUGUUUGUAUAAAGGUAUGAGAUCUUAGAGACUGCUUAAUAAGAUUAGACGGAUUUCAUAAUACUUUUCUAUCGUAUCGGAGACUUUUCUCUAGAACCGUCUUUGAGCUAGCAGUUGUAGUUAUAAAUGGCAGACGCUUCGGUUG